UUUUUUUUCCCUCUCUUCUUUUCUCUCUUCAACACACACUCUUCUCUUAUUUUCCUUGUUUCAAAUAUCAUCCGCUAUGACCUUCGCUACCCCCACUAACUUGGUUCCUGCUCAGGAGAACGGCUCUUCUGCUGUUGACAACACCUCCGAGGUGCCUGAAGUCGCUUCCUUCCACGUCAAGGCUGGUCUUGCUCAAAUGCUCAAGGGAGGUGUGAUCAUGGAUGUCAUUAACGUCGAGCAGGCUCUUAUUGCCGAGGCUGCUGGCGCCUGCGCUGUCAUGGCCUUGGAGCGUGUCCCUGCUGAUAUUCGCAAGAACGGCGGUGUUGCCCGUAUGUCUGAUCCUCGCAUGAUCCGUGAGAUCAUUGACGCUGUCUCCAUCCCUGUCAUGGCCAAGGUCCGAAUUGGACACUUUGUUGAGGCUCAGAUUAUCGAGUCCCUUGGAGUUGACUACAUUGAUGAAUCAGAGGUUUUGACCCCUGCCGACGAAUCCAACCAUAUCAACAAGCAUGACUUCAAGGUUCCCUUUGUCUGCGGUGCCAAGAACCUUGGUGAGGCUCUUCGCCGCAUCAAUGAGGGUGCUGGUAUGAUCCGCACCAAGGGUGAGGCUGGCACUGGUAAUGUUGUUGAGGCUGUCCGCCACUGCCGUACCGUCAAGGCUGAGAUCCGCAAGGCCCAGUUGAUGGAUGAUGCUGAGCUUUUCACCUAUGCCAAGGAGAUCCAAGCUCCCUAUCACUUGCUUAAGGAGACUGCCAAGUUGGGUCGUUUGCCUGUUGUCAACUUUGCUGCUGGUGGUGUUGCCACCCCCGCUGAUGCUGCCUUGAUGAUGCAGCUUGGAUGCGACGGUGUCUUUGUUGGAUCUGGUAUCUUCAAGUCAGGUGACCCAGCCAAGCGUGCUCGUGCUAUUGUUCAGGCUGUUACUCACUACAAAGACCCCAAGGUCCUUGCUGAGGUCUCUGAGGAUUUGGGUGAGGCCAUGGUUGGCAUCAACAUUUCAGACAUCCCUGAGGACCAGCUUUACGCCAAGCGUGGCUGGUAAAAAAACAACAACCGAACCUUUUAGGCCUCCACUGUUAAAAGUUGUAUUCUUUACAUUUUUCCUACCCCCUUCCAUUGCGAUAUGUAAAUUCUUGUUUUUUAUUUAUUUUUUUAGACAUCCAUUAAAAAAUUGUAUUCGUAUCAA